AUACGGAGUAAUUCACACGGCGUAAUGAACUCCUUAUAUAGCGAGUGAAGGGUUUCAGGUCCAAAAUUUGCGAAGCUUACGGCCACGUAGUGCGGCCACAUCUUUUCCUUUCCAUGUUCUGUUCACUCUUCAACGCUCCGAUCGCGCUGCGCUUUGGUGAAUUCCUAUAAAUUCUUGGGAUAAGUCUCGCCCAAUCGCUUUUUGUAUCACAUAUUUCCGUUUUACGGAACGCUAUCUAAGCAGAUUCGUGACCGGCGCUAUGGAAUCCUCUAUUGUGAUCAAGGUCAAGUAUGGAGAAACAAUGAGACGUUUCAAUGCGCGUGUUGUUUGUAAGAGUAUUUGCCUUAACAUAAAUGAACUGAAGCAGAAAAUACUUCAUCUUUUCAAAAUUCCAUGUGAUGCGGAGAUUACUCUUACAUAUAUUGAUGAGGAUGGAGAUGAAAUAACAUUAGCAGAUGAUGAUGACCUAAAAGAUGUUGUCAGGCAGGAGCUGGAUCCCUUGAGAAUAUCAGUGAAAUUGAAUAAUGAGAGGUUCCCCAUCAUGCAGCCUUCAUUUCAGAACGGGAGUACGGGUAUUUCUGAGCAUUUUAAGGCAGGGACAAAGCAAUUACAUGAAACACUCAUUAAACUGUCUGCUGACAUGGCUUCUAAAGUUACAACUUCUGCCCCUCCUGUCAUUUCUGAGCUUGCUGAAGCAUUUUCAAAGAUGGGCAAUCUAAACCAACUCCUUGAGACUCAGAGUAACACAGAGCCUCACUUACAGAAGCUAGUUCCUCAAAAUGCUAGUGGUGUGACUGAAAAUAAGUCAUGCGUUGAUAGAAUUCCACAUGCUGUAAAUGUGGUCUUGAAACCUACUGAGGCACCCGUGAAAAAACCUAACGAACCUAGCCUUACGACAGCACCAGAAAGCGAGGCUUUUAUUGGAUCUGCAGUAAGAGAUCCUGAACCUGCAAUGUUCAAGGCUGAUGCCCGAAGUAGUGUUUAUGGUAAAAAAUUUGGUGAUAGUGGUCUAGUUAGAGAGGCUCUUGAAAUCUCAAGGUCUAGUGUUCCCUCUAUUAUUAAAAAUAAAGACAACGAUAGUAGAGAUUGUACUGGAUUUGGCUCUAUCAAUUUGAGUGGAUCUACACGUUCUGAUAAUCCGUUGCAGUCUAUUGGGUACUUGUGUGAUUCAAGGAAGAUCUCUCAUGAUAGUAGUUUGUCUUCAGUUCCUCCACAUUGUCUUGGAUUUAUGGAUAGGUGUCAUUUCUCAGGUGUCCAAAAAGCUGACAACCCAUCAUUGCCACAACCUGUUCACUUUGGUGUCCCUCGCGAAGGAAGCCAUAGCCACAUUGUUGGUACCAAUAAAAUACUCCAUAAGGGAGUUUGUUGUGAUGGUUGUGGUGCCCACCCAAUUACUGGCCCUAGAUUCAAGUCUAAAGUGAAAGAUGACUAUGACCUGUGUAUUAUCUGUUUUUGUAAAAUGGGCUGCAGUGACACCGAAUAUAUCAGAAUAGAUCGCCCGCAUGCCAGGGUGCAUCCACCAUACAUGUAUCGGGGAAUUGGGGUAAAAACUAAUCGACCAAAACAUGACAGCAGCUUUGUAGAGGAUGUCAAUAUUCUGGAUGGUACCAUAAUCACACCAUCAACUCAAUUUACCAAAAUUUGGAGGAUCAGGAACAAUGGUAAUACUUUCUGGCCCAAAGGCACCCAACUUGUGUGGAUCGGCGGGGAUAUACUAAGUGAUGUGAUGUCUGUUGACUUGGAGAUAACUGCAGCUGGCUUCCCUGUUGAUAAAGAGCUUGACGUGGCAGUUGAUUUUGUUGCUCCUAAUAAUCCAGGCCGAUAUAUUUCGUACUGGAGUAUGGCCUCACCAUUAGGCCAAAAAUUUGGCCAGCGUGUUUGGGUUCUAAUCCAGGUUGUUGCUUCUACAGAGGAACCAGUGAGAACAAACCCAGCCCCCGAGAAUCUUCGUGGAUUUAACUUGAAUCUCCCGCCUGCCAGCAGCAGUUUAAUAAUUCCUGAAAUGAUUGAUGUGAAUCUAGAACCAGUUGUUGGAGACAGCCACCCAGAGCCUAUACUCUCUUGCAAUGCCGCGGAGUUGGUUGGACCUGUUAUUGAAGGGGCAAGUUCAAUGAAGGAGCAGGAAGUGAACUUCCCCAUAACGGACAGCUUGAUUGCUGGUUUUGACAGCAAAGGACAACCUGCUCUUCCAGCAACAACUGGAGGAGGAGGAGGAGGCUCUUCAAUUUCGUAUCAUGUGGUUGAUGUGUCCAGUGUUGCGCCCGCCAUUGCACCUGCACCAAUGCCUCCUCAUAUAAAUGUGGUUGAACCUGCGCAGGGUGUCAACGAAAACAACAGUGAGGUGGAGCUGUCCCUCCUAAGGGAACUCGAGGGGAUGGGCUUUAAACAGGUUGAUCUGAACAAGGAGAUAUUGAGGUUGAAUAAGUACGACCUAGAGCAGUCAGUUAAUGAUCUAUGCGGUGUUUCCGAGUGGGACCCUAUCCUUGAGGAGCUGGAGGAGAUGGGCUUUUCUGACAAGGAGGUGAACAAGGAACUCCUCAAGAAGAAUGGUGGAAGCAUAAAGCGAGUUGUCAUGGAUCUUAUUACCCGCUAGUUAGUUAUGAAGAAGAUGUCCCCCCUAAUAUCGACUUAGUAAUAUUCGCUCUGUUGAACACUGUAUCUUGAAUAAAACAUAGCCAUGUUAUGUUAUGUAUGGCUUCUUUUCUAUUUUCAAGCGGGUGUUUACUGUUUAGUAGUACAUAUCCUUUUAAUAAUGACCAGAUGCUUGCGUUCGCCUUGCAUUUUUGGCCGACAGAAGUUUGAUAUUAUUUUCAAAUUAAUACGAGUAAAUAUUGGUGUAGAAU